AUGCGUAUUCCCGAGCUGCGCUAUAAUCCGAACUGGAAAGACAGCCCAGCAGGAAGAAGCUUUCUCGAGCUACAAGAAAGGGAAGGAAAAGCAGAGGUCAUCCAUCACUACGACAGCAACGACAGUUUGGCCAGCUCUGGCUGCAGGGUCCGGUUCAAAGAACCGAACCUGAGACCCGAAAAAGACUUCAUCGAGAAAAACAUAAACACGCUGGGAUUAGCAACCCAGCAGAACAAGUCCUACCUUCGGCUCCAUGGCAAAAAGCAGAAAGAAGAAGGCUCUGAAGGGAAGGCUCACCCAUCUGCCAGGUGUCCAAUGGAUGGUGUGGACUCCAGCCGAGCUGCAUGGCUGGACGUAACCCCCUCAAGCAAGGGAUCAACCCAACAUCCCUUAGGAACCCAAGUGGAACUAAGAAGCCAGCCAAGCGGUGGUAACAAUCUGCUAGAACUUGAGAAUGCUGGUCCAGGUUCCAGUGUUUACAUAGAAACAUCCAGGGUGGAGCAGGACAGCGGAGGCGUUCUGCAUUGUGAGUUUUAUCCACCUGCCUGCUUUUCCGUUGCCGAUCCCUCCGGUGGAAACAGCCCGUUCUCUGCCCAAGCUCCAAACCUUCUUCAGCACCAUGCCAAGAAACGGUCCGUGAAUUUUACCCUUGCUGCGAAGCCUCUUCAGCGGAACGCGUACCACCACUUUCCAGGGUUUCCUUCGCCAUGCGCGGGUGAGAAGUGCCAAGCCGGCCUUGAAAACGCCUCUGGACUCCAUCACCCGUCCUCCUACAGGUGUACUGUUUCGGAGCCUCCGCCUUUCCCCUGUCAUGGCCAAUGCUGGAAUCCCUUAGGGGAGAAGUGUGUUUCGUAUGCUCACAACGGCGGCCGGAAACAGCCGGUAAACGGAGCCGUCGCACCUUGCAAAGCUUGGCACAUUCACACAGAAGAGAUCCCUAACAACUAUGCUUUUGAUUACUCAGGGUCCUCGCAGCCGCUUGCUCGUCCUCACCCGGUGAAGAGAAGCCUCUCUCCAACGGCGCAGCUCAUCCAGGCGGUCGAACGGCACCAUCGAGAAUUCUCUCGGCUGGCAGAUGACCAUCUUGCUAGGAAUCCUUUGGCCAGCAUGUUUCCCCCCAUAAUCCAGAGAGGGGAGAGCGACUCGCAGCUCCACCUGGAGAGUGGCGAAGAGGCCCAGCCCGUUCUCAGCCGCAGCAAUUCCGAGGGCUACUUGCUUCAGAUGGAAAAGCAAAAAGAAAGGAAAGGAAAGAAAGAGAACCGGAAGGGCUCUAGAGCAAAAGGUUACACGAAGAUGGAUGUGAGGCUUGGAGGACUUGGCCCUGACUAUGAAACCAUCAAAGAAAAAUCGGAAAAGAUAAAGCACCAAAAAGUAUACGGCAAGCAAGUAAACGAACAAAAUCUGAAGAAUAUGUCAAGUGCACGGAAACCUCAGUCGAAAACGGAGAACAAAUCGGUCGUGUCGAGACAGAAGGCCCUUGAAUACGCCAAGACAAUUCCCAAGCCUCGACUUUUUGUCUCGAGAUCGUCGGAGCAAGAGACCAAAGAGGAGAAAAACCUGGCGCGGACUUUAAACGGAGAGAACCUUCCUCCGAUUUCCUCCCUGGAGUCCCUGCAAAACAGGCACGAGAAGGAGAAGCAGGUGGUUGCGGCCUUCAAGACGCUCCAUAUCGUCUGAGGAGGCCAUCGCCGGCGAUCUCCGCGGGCCUGCCGCGCUCUUCCUGCUCCCCCGUUUUCUUCCCGCCCGUGAUGAGUUUCAUGAACUUCUGCAAGAUCUGGGAUGUUUUCUCCAUGAGUUGCAUUCAGCCUUACUUAUUUUUGUUGGGAGUUUAUUGUUGAUCAUUAAAAACGUUGGGUGUACGAUGA